GCUUUGCGAAAGCAUGGCGGGCAAGAUGUGAAUGUCAAUAGUAAGGUACAUUUUAAAUUUAAAAGGACAUUUUAAUUCAAGAGGAGAAAAAGGACGACAAGGUGUGCGUAACCUCUCUUGUAGAUUUUUCAUCUUGACAUUCACCUAACACACUGUGUAAUGUAAAUGAGUUGAUUUCAUGUUUCGUCCGCUUGAGUGUGUGAAUUACUAAGCUUUAGAAGUUGCCAUCCCGAAGCCUCAUAGACUUGUGAACAUGAUUUGUGCUUUUCUACGAGUUGUGCAGCAUGUGGAGAAGCUGCCCGCGUCCUGGGGCAGGCAGUUGUUGCCACACUCUAUGCUCACCAAAGCUUCCUUGAAGACUCAGCCUUUGAGGUGGGGGCUGCUAGAGCAGAAGAAAACAGUGCGUCCUAGAACUGUGUGGGGGUUCACCCAGAAAACCUUCUGGACACAAGGACCGGACCCCCAGAAAGCAAAGGAGGACAGCAGCAAGCAAGUCUCUGUUAGCAGAAAUCAGAGAGGGGAAACGAGCGUCUCGACGUCUCAGAAAGUGAAAGAAGCUGGAAGAGACUUCACCUACUUGGUAGUGGUGCUCUUCGGAGUCAGCAUUACAGGUGGCUUGUUCUACACGAUUUUCAAAGAGCUGUUUUCUUCAUCCAGUCCUAAUAUCAUAUAUGGGAAAGCCUUAGAAAAAUGCAGAACACAUCCCGAGGUGAUCAGUGUGUUUGGGGAGCCUGUUAAAGGCUACGGGGAAAUGUCGAGACGUGGGCGGAGACAGCAUGUCAGUUUUAUUGAAUAUGCAAAAAAUGGGCUAAAGCGCAUCCGUGUGAAAUUCUACAUUGAGGGCUCUGAACCAGGAAAGCACGGAACAGUGCAUGCUGAAGUGGAAGAGAACCCACAGAGUGGCCGGUUUGAAUUUCGAUACGUAUUUGUGGAAGUGGCUCCGACUAGAUCUAUUGUUGUUGAAGAUAAUCGUUCCCAAGAGAGUUAAGAGAAUCAAGCCAGCCUGCUGCUUCCCACAGGGAAUAAAGGGAUUCACCGCCACUGUGAUCUUACAACUCUUUCAGAAUCUGUUCAGAAAAACAAGAAUAAAAAGUAUGUCCCAAAGAAAGUGAGUGUAAUGUGAGAGAUCAUGAGUUUGAACAAACCAAACUGAGUUCUUCUUGUGAAAAUCAUGAAAUGUAGCAAAUUUUACAGUACCAUGUGGAGUUGUCAAUCAUGACAGUAUUUCAGCUCUAUGUUCAUGAUCAAUUUUUGUUACUGAAAUUUAUAUACCACAUAAAUAAAAGUUUCAGUAUUUUAUGCUUUUUAAUAGUAUGUGGUUUUUCUAUAGCCUACAAAAUAAAGAUAAAACUAACACAAAGAUGUCAAAUUUUCACUAACUUUGGAAUCUGAUUUGAGAUAAAUGUGAAAAUAUUUAAGAACAGUAGUAAGCCAGAUAAUAAAUACAUUGUGGGAAGGUUACAUGAGCUCAUGACCUUGGGAGUCAGUCUGUGUACCCCUCCUGAUCUGUGGGCACUGCACACAGGGAGAGCGCACAGUCCAUAAGCAGGGGAUGGCUCACUCCACCCCCACUGGUGGAUGAUGGGCCGUGUGUCAGACCUCCCCUCUGGUUAGCGUGACUGAGCGAGAGUUACAGGACACAUCCCAGAACUGUUGAUGUGCCAUGGAUGCUCCAGCCCUUUCAGAAUAUAACACUGGUACUUUACACUUCAACUCUGAAGGAAACUGAGUAAAUGUAUGGGAGGGUCACCUAAGUGUUUCGACGUGUUCGGACAAAACUCCAAUUUUUCAAAUUUGCGUAUUUUGCAAGAACAUUUCAUAAGAAAAAUCUCUCAUUUGGCUUGUCCAAAUAUAUCAAAACAUACAAAAAAAUAAAUAGCUUGUUCUAUCUGAA